AUGAGUGUCACCUCCUGGUUCCUGGUGAGCAGCUGCGGGACCCGCCACCGCCUGCCCCGUGAGCUCAUCUUCGUGGGACGGGACGAGUGUGAACUUGUACUCCAGUCCCGCAGUGUGGACAAGCAGCACGCCGUCAUCAAUUACGACCAGGACCGGGACGAGCACUGGGUGAAGGACUUGGGCAGCCUCAAUGGGACCUUUGUGAAUGACGUGCGCAUCCCGGACCAGAAGUAUGUCACCCUCAAGCUCAACGAUGUUGUCCGCUUCGGCUAUGAUCCCAACUUGUAUGUGCUGGAGCGUGUCCAGCACCGGCUUCCUGAAGAGGCCCUCAAGCAUGAGAAGUACACCAGCCAGCUGCAGGUGAGCGUUGUCAAGGGCUCGGCGCCAAAGAGGAGUGAACCACUGCCGGACCAUACACCGUACUGCGAGUCUUCGAACCCCAGACCGGAGAAGGGGGACCGGAGGCCAGCGACAGAGGCAUCCACCUACCGCACCCCCCUGUACGGGCAGCCGUCCUGGUGGGGAGAGGAUGAUGGCAGCAGCCCGGCUGAGGACCAGCAACAGGCAGAGCCUGAGGCAGAGCGUGCCAGGGACCCAGCCCAGCAGGACGGAGAGCUGACCAGCACACCUACGAUCCAGACCCCCGAUCCACAGGGCUUCCCGUUCCGCCGGGAGCCCAGCUACUUUGAGAUCCCCACGAAGGAGUCCCUGCCAGCUGUGUGCUCCCCCGAGUUGCCAGUGCACGAGGCCCCCACCAAGGACCAAGAGCUAGGCGAGUGUGGGGUGGCACCCGUGGUACAGAGCCACGCCUCCUUCACCAUCGAGUUUGAUGACUGCAGCCCAGGCAAGGUCAAGAUCAAGGACCAUGUCACCAAGUUUGCCCUGCGCCAGCGGCGGCCCCUGGGCAAGGAGGCCACGCCUGCUGAGAUGGUGUCUGCAGAGAGCAAGGUGGCCGACUGGCUGGUGCACAAUGACCCCAGCCUGCUACGCCGAGCUGGCCCGGGCGAUGACCGGCACAGCACCAAGAGUGACCUGCCCAUCCACACCCGCACACUGAGGGGCCACAAGCAUGAGGAUGGCACGCAGAGUGACUCGGAGGACCCACUGGCCCCCACGGCAGCCAGUGCGCCUGUGGAGACGGGCACAGAGCAGCAGGCCCGGCUGCAGCGCCAGAUCAAGCGAGACCCCCAGGAGCUGCUGCACAACCAGCAGGCCUUCGUCAUCCAGUUCUUCGACGAGGACACGCCCCGCAAGAAGCGCUCCCAGUCCUUCACACACACGCCACCCUCGGACCCGAAGGCCGACAGGCGCCCCCGUGCACCGGUCCCCACCGACAGGGACCGGCCGGGCGGCCCCUGGCCCCAGCGGGCUGGCUCGCUCAAGCGGGAGAAGCAGGAGGACGUGGGCCGCCGCUCCCGCCUGGCCCAGGACUUCAUGGCGCAGUGUGCCCGCGAGGCCGCCCCUGCUGCCCGGCCGGGCCCCGACAAGGUGCCCCGGGCCCCCUCACCAUCGCAGGGCGGCCCUGCGCCCCCACCGCCCACAGACCCCCAGCUGACCAAGGCACGCAAACAGGAGGAGGAUGACAGCCUCAGCGAUGCAGGUACCUACACCAUCGAGACCGAGGUGCAGGACCAGGAAGUGGAGGAAGCCCGCAAGAUGAUCGACCAGGUUUUUGGAGUGUUUGAGUCACCAGAGCUGUCUAGGACGUCCUCGGCCACUUUCCGUCCCGUCAUCAGAGAUGACAGAGAAGAGGCAGCUGAGGGGGAUGUGGCCCAGCGACUUGCCCUUCUGCAGGAGUUUGCAUCCCGGCCACCAGGUGCCGCAGCCUCACAGCCAGAGCAGCAGGUCCUCAGCCCUGGCUGCACAGUGACUCAGAAGUGGGUGUCCCGCUGGGCCAGCCUGGCUGACAGCUACUCAGACCCUGGCUUGGCAGAAGAUGGUGCUGGCCGCCGCGUAACAGAGCCUGAGGUGUCCCUGCCCUCACGGACACGGCGCCUCCUCCCGCAGCUGCCCAGUGAGCGAGCAGACAGUCCCGCAGGUCCAGAGGCCACCAGGAAGGCUGGGCCUGGGCCGCUGGAGCCCAGCAGUGAGCCAGCCAGCAGCCCACUCUUUGGCCGAGAGGAUCUGGACCCCGAUAGUCUCAGUGAUGCCAGUGGGUCGGACGGUGGGUGGGACCCUGAGCAGGGCAAGGGGAAGCCGCCUGGAAGACACUGUAGUCCCCAGGAGGUACCAGCCAGCACACAAGGCCGACGCCCAUCCUGGACCCCAGGGUAGCCAGCCCCCAUCUCCUUCUUCAUUGGAGACCAAAAUGGAGAGGCUGUCCUCGCCAGGAAGUCCUGCACAACUCCAGGGGACACAGGGGGCCAGGGUCAGGUGCCUGUGCAGUGGGCAGCCCCGCCGGGCACACAGUCUCAGGACGGGCUCUACGUGAGCACCAGCGGGCGCAUGGUCAUCCAACUGUGUGGAGGGCACCCCCCAGAGCCGACAGGCCCUGACCCAGCCCCGCCAAAAGAGGCCCUGGCCUUCAUCCGGCAGGAGAGCUUCACCAAGGAGUCAGCUAGUGGCCCACCGGCCCCAGGCAAGCUCCCCAACAUCUCCAGUCACCCCCUACUCCAGGACCUGGCUGCUGUGCGAACUGCCCGCUCAGACCUCCACACCCAGGACACGCACCUGAUCCUGAAAGAGACAGAGACAGCGCUGGCCGCCCUGGAGGCCCAGCUGCUCUCCAGGUCUGCAGAGGCAAAGACUGGGGGUCGCAGCCCCUCCCGGCCACCUGAGGAUUCCCUGUCUGGUGACUCCGACACCGCCAGCUUGGCCAGCCUGCUCAGCGGCAAAAAUGGGCCCAGCCCCACAUCCCCAACAACUGGCCCUCAGAAGGACAGGCUGCCGGGCACACAAGACCCAGGGGGCUCCGCCCUGAGCAGCGCCAAGGGACGGCUGUCAGAGAAGCAGCAGCGCUCAGCAGGCCCAGCAGAUGCUGGCCGUGGAGAACUGGCCCGGCGCCUGUCCAUAAGGCGAGGUCACGGGCCCCGAGGGUCUCUGGACUGGCCGGAUGAGGAUCGAGGUUCCAGCCCCACCCACCUGCCCAGCUCAGACGUUGUCACAUCAGACCAGGAGACAUCUGGGUCGGCCAGGGUGGGGCGACCAGGCCCCCGGAGAAAGCCAGCGGCCACCCUGCCAUCCCCUGCCGUACGGGAGGAGCAGAGCCGAGCGCCCAGCAGUGCUCAGAAGGUGCAGCAGGCCCUGACUCGCUCCAACAGCCUGUCCACUCCAAGGCCCACUCGGGCCUCCCGGCUGCGGCGAGCUCGCCUGGGCGAUGCCUUGGACACGGAGGCUGCAGAUGGGGAGCGGGGCACCCCUGGCAACCCCGAGCCGACAGCGAGGCCGCCCACGGAGCAGACCAAGAAGCUGUCGCGACUGGACAUCCUGGCCAUGCCCCGGAAGCGGGCAGGCUCCUUCACCGGCACCGGUGACACCGAAGCCACCCCUGCCCGCUCCGGCUUCUCUGGCCGAAGCGCUGAAUUGUACUGUACCAGCCGCAAGCCCACCAUGGCCGAGGCUCGGGCUGCUGCCAGGAAGACCGCCACGGCCUCCACGGCCUCCCGCCAGCCCUUCAGCAGGGCCCGCCCGGGCAGUGCCCGCUACCCCUCCUCCACCGUGGGGCGCCGGCAGCAGGGCUCGGAUUACACAUCCACCUCGGAGGAAGAGUGUGGCUCCCCCAAACACACGCGCUCCCAUGCCUCAACAGCCACGCAGACCCCGCGGGCAGGCGGCUCCCACCACUCCCGGCCCCGGGCCCCCGGCUCCCGGGACACAGACGUCGAGGAGUUGGCCGACCCAUAUGGCCUCAUGGUGCAGACCACUGAAAUAGCAGAGAUUGCCAGACUAAGCCAAACACUGGUGAAGGAUGUGGCCAUCCUGGCCCGUGAGAUCCAUGACGUGGCUGGUGACAGUGACCCGCUGGCCUCGCCAGGCCCUACUCGCAGUCCCUCUCUCAGCAACGUGCCCAGUACCCCUGCCUCCACCAUCUCUGCACGCGAGGAGCUGGUGCAGCGCAUCCCCGAGGCCAGCCUCAAUUUCCAGAAGGUGCCACCCGGCGCCCUGGACUCCAGGGAGUUUGACCAGAACAUGAACAACAGUCGUGAGGAACCCCUGGCCUCCAAGACGAGGCCUCGGAACCGCGAAGAGGUGAUCUUUGAUAACUUAAUGCUGAACCCCGUGUCCCAGUUGUCACAAGCCAUCCGUGAGAACACAGAGAGUCUCACAGAGAAGAUGAAGAUUCUUUUCCAGAACACGGGGCACGCGUGGGAGGACUUGGAGGCCAGGCUCAAUGCUGAGAACGAGGUGCCCAUCUUGAAGACGUCCAACAAGGAGAUCAGCUCCAUCCUGAAGGAAUUGAGGCGCGUGCAGAAGCAGCUGGAAGUCAUCAACGCCAUUGUGGACCCCAGUGGGAACCUGGACCUCGUGACGGGGAACAAGAGCUCAGGAGGCCAGGUUCAUCCAGGAAGAGUCCAGCCAGCCAGCCAGAGCCCGUCACCCUCGGCGGAGACACUGCUGCCCACCCUGCGGCCGAGGGGCUUCCAGCCGCGGGUGAACUGUGGGUCCACAGGGCUCCUGGACCCAGUAUUCCUGCCCGACUUCCUCCCCGAUGCAGAGCAUUUCCUCAUUUAG